UCUAAAUGAUAGUAAACGUUUAUAUUGUUGUUUUGUUGACUAUAAGAAAGCGUUCGAUUCCGUCGAUCGUUGUAAAUUGUGGUAUAAAUUGUCAAAAUUAGGAGUUCGAGGAAGGCUGUUAUCAAUUUUGAAAGCCAUGUAUAAAAAAGUUAAGACAUGUGUCUCAUCUAAGGGAAGAUGUUCCGAUUUUUUUGCAAACAACAUGGGUCUCGCCCAAGGGGAAAUUUUAUCCCCAAUUAUGUUUUCAAUGUAUGUAAAUGACUUUGAAAAUGACUUUAUUGCUAACGGUGUUAAACCGUAUGAUUUUGGAGAACUCAGUCUCUUUUUAUUAAUGUAUGCGGAUGAUUUGGUGCUACUUGCAGAAUCAGCCAAUGAGCUACAGAAUAUGUUAAAUAGUUUGUCUAUAUAUGCGAACUCAUGGAAAUUGACCGUUAAUACGGCAAAAACUAAGAUUGUUGUCUUUAGAAAUGGAGGCCGCUUACGAAAUAACGAGGAAUGGUUCUUCGAUAGAAAAAAAAUAGAAGUCGUUGAACAGUUUACUUAUCUAGGUAUUGAUUUUAAAUGGAACAAUAAAUUUAAUAUUGUACAAAAGCAAUUAUCCGGGCAAGGUCGAAAGUCAGUAUUUGCCUUAUAUACAAAAUGUAAAAAUAUGAAUUUAAACUGCCAUACUUUGAUUAAACUUUUUGACACAUAUGUUACCAGUAUACUGUGUUACGCAUCUGAGGUAUGGGGCUCGUGCAAAGGCAUAGAUAUUGAGAAAGUUCACCUGGAAUUUUGCAAAAGGAUAUUAUGUGUUAAGAAGUCAACAUGUAAUGUAAUGAUCUAUUUUGAAUUGGGUAGAUUUCCGAUUGUACAUACCAGACACUAUAAUUUAAUUAAGUACUGGUUCAAGCUUUUAAAUACUAAGAACUGUGUUCUUAAAACUGCCUAUGAUGAACUCAUGUAUAUGCCAAAGCGAAAUACUGUUUUUAAUUGGGUAACUUUUGUGAAAGACAAACUUUUUUCACUCGGUCUUGGCGAAGUGUGGCUGAAUCAAAAUAAUGCGAAAUAGAAUUGCUCUAACUAGGUUACGUUUAUCAGCGCAUACGCUGUAUAUUGAAACCGGGAGAUAUCGAAACAUUGUAAGAAAUGAACGUAUAUGCAGAAUUUGUAACUCUGAAGAUAUUGAAGACGAAUACCAUUUUUUGUUCAUUUGUCCAUUUUAUCAAGUUUUAAGAGAAAGACGUAUAAAAUUGUACUACUGGAAAAAACCAUCUGUUUUCAAGCUGAUUCAAUUAUUAAGCACAACGAACGUUAAAGAAUUAACUAUGUUAAGUAAAUAUAUAUAUGAUGCCACCCAGUUGAGGAAUAGCAUGAUAUAAUGUUAAAAUAUAUGUAACUACAUGCAUUUUUUGUCCAUUCUCCACUGCGUUAUUGCAGUGUCUGCCACUGUAUUUAUAUGUAUUGUGUACAUACUGAUGAGCUGUAAAGCUCAAAGUCAAUAAAUGAAUUGAAU